AGAACGACGCACGAACACUCCUGAGCGCGGGGGUCGAAGGUUACGGAGUGAUUUGCUUUUUGUUUUCUUUUGGUGGUGCAGGGGUUUAAAGUUUGCAUAUCGGAAACAUAGGAGUGGAGUCUGAACAUUCUCAUUUCUCGCCAACAGCCUAUCGUCUUCUCGAAAAUGCAGCAGGCUGGUACCUCAGGCUCUGAAGUGGAAGUAACAUGGGAGGAUCAGCAGAAUAUUAACAAAUUUGGCAGAUUGAAUAACCGUCUUCACGAACUCCAUGAUGAAAUCAAGAUCGCUAAGGAAACAUGUGAAAAUCUUGAGGACGCAAGCAAUGAGCUAAUUCUGACCGAUGAAGAGAUAGUACGCUUCCAGAUAGGGGAAGUUUUUGCUCACGUGCCAAAGGAUGAAGUGGAGACCAGGAUAGAGAAUAUGAAAGAGGACACUAGCAAGAACUUGGAGAAACUAGAGGAAGAGAAGGAAUCAGUAGUUGCCCAGAUGGCUGAACUUAAGAAGAUAUUAUAUGGGAAAUUCAAGGAUUCAAUCAAUCUUGAGGAGGACUAGUAAAAUUUCAUAAUUUUCGUGUGCAACUGCGUUUGAUUUUGCUCUUUGUGUUUAAGGGUAUUCCUCUUGAUUGGAUUUUUCCAUGUCUUGUGUCUUAAAACAGUUGGGAUUCUUAAUUGCCUCAAGAAUAUUUUAAACA